CUACAUGCCCUGUCAUGUCACAUAGAUCUGCUAGGCGGCGCUUCACUACAGUGCCACAGCUGCUGACUGGGCGUUCUCGCGAGAGCCUCUCAGCACGAGAUUUUCGUUCUCAGGCCGACCCAGCGAACAUCCAUCGAUCUGUGAGUUUGUGGGACCAUUUCCCCGUCAUUUUUGUCCUCAAAAAUUCUGGCGUUUCGGCUCGCUUCUCCCAUUAGGAGAAACACAGGCAUCCUUCUGCCCUGUGUCUUUCUCUUGGGAUCGGUGCGAGGUUCGUUCUUCGGCGGCGCUGCGUGGAAGAAGGGCUCGUCGGUUGAGGAGGAGGGGUGUGAGUCGACCGGGAGUCAUCACCAUCCUGCCAAACAGCCACCUUGGGGUUCAGUCGCCGGCACACCUCAGCAGUUGAACCGUUUUAUGUGCGGAAACGCCAUGUCCUCUCAGAUCGACCCUGUCACCGUCUCCGCUUCUGGCAAGCACACCGCUACGGUUAUCUUCCUCCAUGGCCUGGGAGACACGGGGCACGGCUGGUCGUACGCGCUGUCUGAAAUCAGGCAGCCGCACAUCAAGUACAUCUGCCCUACAGCGCCCAAGAUGCCAGUCACCCUGAACGAGGGAUACGAGAUGACGUCAUGGUUCGACCUGUACACUCUGAACAUCGGUGGCCGGGAGGACGAAGCUGGCAUAAAAAAGGCAGCGGCUCUCGUACAAGGAAUGGUGGAAGAAGAGGAGAAGGGGGGCAUCCCCUCUAAUCGGAUUGUGCUGGGGGGGUUCUCCCAGGGGGGUGCGCUCGCCCUGUAUGCUGCCUUCACCCUGGAGAAGCCCCUGGCUGGGAUGGUAGCGCUGAGCUCCUGGCUGCCUCUUCACGAGUCCUUCCCAGACGCCAUGAAGGUGAACAACGAAUCGCCCAUCCUACAAUGCCACGGGGACAUGGACCCCGUCGUACCGUACAAGUUUGGCCAGAUGACCAAAUCCGUAUUGUCCAAGAUGUGUAGCAACUACACCUUCAACACCUACCCUGGCAUGAUGCACAGCUCCAGUGCAAAGGAAAUGCAGGAUGUAAAAGAGUUCCUGGACAAAGUACUUCCAGCAGUCUGAAUUCUUAUCCUCCAAGAGCUUUGAAACCACUGGUUCAUCUCAGGCCUUUGUUGGAACUGUACAUGGGGAAAUGUCAUCACCACACUUUAAAGCUUUCCACCCUCCGGUGGUUUUAUGGUAUAUAAGAGAUGUUAGCAGUAAAAGAAGGAUAGUAGUUUGCAUAUGGUCUUUUCUGUUUCAUGUUUCUUGACUGUGUAGUUCUUAUGGUGACGGUUUUAUAAGAUCAUAUCAUGAUUUAUCUGUGGCCGUCCUUGAUAAUAUGACAAAUAAUAGUGACACAAGCAACUUAGUUAUGAUUUUGGAAACGGUCAGACGUUUCAUCAGUGACAGUGAGUAAAAUGUGUUGAUCUACAGAUUUAUAGC